AUGGAUGAGAGAAGUACUCACGAUGCCGAUAAAAUGGACGAAGUGAUGCUGCCAGGGUUUAGGUUUCAUCCAACAGAUGAAGAACUAGUUGGGUUUUAUCUGAAGAGGAAGAUUCAGCAAAGACCUCUCCCUAUUGAACUUAUCAAGCAAAUAGACAUCUACAAGUAUGAUCCAUGGGAUCUUCCAAAGUUGGCAACUACUGGUGAGAAAGAGUGGUAUUUCUACUGUCCAAGGGACCGGAAGUACAGAAACAGUGCACGUCCUAACCGUGUAACUGGAGCUGGAUUUUGGAAAGCCACGGGGACUGACCGGCCAAUCUACUCCUCGGAAGGAUCCAAGUGUAUAGGCUUGAAGAAGUCUCUUGUUUUCUACAAAGGUAGAGCUGCCAAAGGCAUCAAAACUGAUUGGAUGAUGCAUGAGUUCCGGUUACCUUCUCUCACUGACUCGACGCCUCAAAAGAGAUUCAUGGACAAGAACAUUCCUGCCAAUGACUCAUGGGCAAUCUGCAGGAUCUUUAAGAAAACUAACUCUACUGCACAAAGAGCAAUCUCUCAUUCUUGGGUGUCUCCAAUACCUGAAACAACCACAUCUGAUCAUAUACUCACUCAAGGUUCUAACACUACUCAGUUCAGUUCAGAGAACAUGUCAUUGGCAACAAAACCAAGUCCAUCCAUUCAAUUUGGUUAUAACAAUGAGUUACAACAACAAUCAUCUAUUACUAGUUUCUCUACUUUAGAUUUUCCCUCUUACAAACCCAUUUUUAACCAAAUAGCCACUAAACCCUCUGAUCAAGUCUCCAUUUCAAAUGCACACCUUCCCACAACAUACACAUUUUCGCCCCUUGAAAAGUUUGAACCUACUAAGUACUCAGUUGAUGCAUCUUCCAUGCUGCUUAACAUGUCAUCUUCUGUAUUUGGGGAUUUUGGUAAAGCUUCAGAGUGUGUGGACUUUGGUGGGUUGCAAGAGCAGUACAAUAGCGUUUCGAUCACUCUACCGCAUGAAAUGGAAGCGAAUGCUGUUCAUGGAGAAGAGAUAGCUUCAGUGAAGGAUCCGAAUGCGAUGCAUUAUCAUGACAAUUGGGGAAACAUCAGAUCUGUUGGAUUCCCCAUCAAUUUGCCUUCGAGUCUCUCCGAUGCAUGGAAGUCGAAUUUGCUAUGGGAUUCUUCUCCUUGUCCUAGUGAUCAGUUGUCCACUAGUUAUUCAACAAGCAAGUGCUACACUUGA